UGCUAGCCCCGCCCUAUGCAGGGCUCUAGCUAGCUAGCUAGCUAGACCGCACAAACGAGCCCCACCUUCGGCCACGCCUUCCCUCCCCCGCAGUUAGUUUUUUGCUCCUCAGAAUGACUGUUGCAAUCCUUGUUCUUACACUCUGGGUUGGCGUGGUACUCAGUUGUACAGACAAAGAUGUACAAAUGAUAGCAACGGAACUCGGGGCAUUAGAUGAUUUGGAAGGACUUGCUGGAUGGAUGGGCAUCAACUUCCUCCCAAUCAGACAAAACUGUGCCUCUUCACUUGCACUGGCUGAGUGCCACAGUAGACGGCUGGUCAGGAGCUACUGUGACAAGUCAGGUCUUAGCUCUCAGCAAGUGGCGGCUGAAAUAUCAAAUAUCCUAGAGAAAUAUAUGAAAAACAAGAGGAUAGCACAGCUCCUGCGGCAGUUGGAUUUCACCGAGAGCGGGAGAAGCCAUGAUGAGCCGCGGGUGUGUGACUCCAUGGACUCAGUUUGUCUCUGUAAGACUCCAUCGUAACAUUUACAGAAGCUACUUGGUCUACGUUCUGUGUGUCAGUUAGCCAGUCUGUCUGUUACUAUAUACAUGCAGCAUCAACUCCAGUGCAGGAGUCCAGCUCUUCAAGUUGGAAGACUUUCAACUCCAAAACAACUUCAGAUAAGUGGCUAACACUGGAACCAUCAGUCAAGGAGCUCUCCCUCAUCAAGUACACCGACACUGGGGGAGAAGAAGUAUCAUUUCGUCUCAUCAGUGAAGUUCAGAAUCACUGUCAGGACCUCGGUGCUGAGCUGGGUAUCAACUGGGCCACGCUCAAAGGCUUGAAGAGCAGCCACAAGAGUCCUCCAGAGUUCUGCAAGGAGGUUCUCCAGACAUGGAUAGAGAGAGGUGAAGACGUCACUUGGGGUAGACUGCUACAGGCUUUGACUGAUAUCCAACUUGGAGGGAUUGCCAAACGUCUCAGAGCAGCAAUCUUCCACCACUUUUAAUAUUGGGGGCCAUUUUUGUAUGAGUGUACAUGAUGAUUCGUUAUUAAAACGGCAGUAUGCAAUUGGUAGCUCCGCCCCUUGGCUCACGCACAAGCAGCCUACAGAGCUAGAGAUGGCCACGACUCAGCAACCCACCACGGAGGAUAUCCGCCAAGUGCUAGAAACAGCUCCCCAACUCGACCAGUUCCUUCUGCACAACGUGACGCAAACUGGCAGGCAGUUGGGCGGAGGUUCCUACGGUGUCGUGGAAGAGCUCGAAAUGGACGGACUGACGUGUGCCGGGAAGAAGAUAUACGACGUACUAGUAGACCCAGAGAACCUAGGGGCUCAGCGCGUUGUUGAGCGCUACUACAAGGAGUGCAGUCUCCUCUCUGACAUUCGCCACCCGCACGUAGUCCAAUUCUUGGGCAUCUGCUUCUUUCCCGAUUCCCAGCUACCCGCCCUGGUAAUGGAGCGUCUGCACGUUAGCUUGGACGAACUGCUGGAGACCAUGCCCGACAUCCCCCUCUUCACGAAGCUAUCGAUCCUCGAAGACGUGGCCAGGGGACUUGUAUUCCUGCACAAUCGCAGCCCCGUCAUUAUUCACCGAGAUCUUACUGCCCGCAACGUGCUCCUCACCGCGGGCAUGACGGCCAAAAUAGCCGACUUGGGUAAUUCUCGAAUCGCUAGCCUUCGUCCUGAUCAAGUAGCUCAGACCAUGACGAUGGGCAUUCCAGGGACCCUAGUGUACAUGCCCCCUGAGGCCUCUACACAACACUACGGUCCUCCCCUCGAUUUAUUCUCGUUUGGCCACCUUUCUCUGUUUGCUGCAACCCAAGUGUUUCCAGGGGAUCUCAAACCACCCACUUAUUUUGAUGCCAUUGCGAGGAAAGUAACAGGUCGCACUGAGCUUGACCGAAGAGAGGUUUACGUUUCAACUCUCAAGGAGAUGCUGGGAGGGAGCCAUGCCAUGGUUCUGUUCAUCAAAGGGUGCCUGGCAUACGAGCCAGAGAAGCGACCUACUGCUAGGCAAGCCUUGGAGUGCCUUGCAGUGAUGAAAACACGUCAAACUGAUCCUUACCAGCACAUGAAUAGGCUGCAGAUAGAAAGAAUCUGUUCAGAGAAGGUGGUGGAGAUUGAGAAGAGAGACAAAGAAAUCGUUGAUGCAAUCGAGAGACUAACUUUAUUUGAGGAACAGUUGCAGCAGAGUGAGGAGCAGAGGGCAGACCUGGAGAAGGCCUGUGAAGAGAAGGAUAAAUCGCUAAUGAUACAAGAAGAUGUUCAAAGUCUUAAAAUAGAGCUGAAGAAAUGUCAAAUGGAGAAAGCAGAGCUAGAGGAAGUUGCUAAGGGGAAAGAAAAAAUGCUAGCCGUGAAAGAAUUGGAAACUAUGGACAUUCCACGUCUUAGAAAAGAACUGAAGGAAUGUCAAUUGGAAAAGAGUGGCAUAGAAAGGCUGUAUCAACUGAAGGAAGAGAUGGCGAUUGUAAAAGAACAGGAGAUUGCAGUGAAACACAAGGUUCUCCUUGAUGCUCAGAAGCAGCUGGCAACACAGACUGAGGAGUAUCUGUCAUUAAAGGAGGAGUUAAAACGGAAGUCGGCACAAAUCCAUAGCUUAAAAGAUGACCAUAGGGCAUUGGAGACACUGAAAGCUGAGGAGAUCGAAAUGUGGGAAUCAAAGUUUGCAGCGAAAGACCGACAGCUGUUGAAAGAGGAAGAAGUUGUAUCAGAAACGAUGCGAGAACUGUCCGCCCUACAGCAGAAAUGCAGCUCUCUCGAGACCCAGCUGGCUGAGAAGGUGAAUGAGAUCCGCAACAUUACGGAUAUCAAAGUUGCUGCCUUGAAUGAAGAGAUCAGGAUUAAGACAGGAAAACUCGAAAACUUGGAGAGGAUGAUGGCAACAGAAUCCCAACAGCUGUCAAAAAAGAAGGAAGCUCUGUCAAAAUUAAGGGAAGAACUCUCGUCUCUUCAGCAGAAGUGCAGUUCACUAGAAACACAACUGGAGAAGAGUGAGAGGAGAAAUGAAACACUUGAGGCCGCAGAGGGAGCUAAUGCUGAUAUGAUGACGGUAAAGGAAGCCACUAUUGCUGCCCUUACUGCAGAACUGAAGGAAAAGGACAAAUUUCUGCAACUCUCAAAAAAUAAGGUGUUGGAGCCACUGCCAAGUUUACUAACCUGCAAUCUGCCGUUGAAGUGGAGUAAUCCUAUGAAUAUGCCACUGGGAAUGUGGGCUGGCCAGGCAGUGCUACUCGGGGGCAACAUCUAUGUAGGAGGGGGUGGGGCUGAGAAGAAUAGGGGGUUACUCAAGUUCAAAAUGGAGGGCAAUGUAUGGACAUUGAUUAGUUGGCCUGUUGAGAACUUCGGUUUGGCAGUGGUCAGUGAUCAGUUGGUGGCAAUUGGUGGGGCUUACAAAAAUUCUGGUGCUAUCGAUGAGGUUUGGGUAUUCAAUCCUGCCACGGCAGCGUGGUUGCAGCCUUUCCCCCGAAUGCCAACAGCCAGGAGCUGGGCUUCAGCUAUAGGCUUCAAGAGGUGGGUGAUUGUGGCAGGGGGAUCUGGCAAGAAAUGUGUGGAGGUGUUGGACACUGUCACCAAGGAGUGGUACAACGCUAUUGCACUGCCUCGCGAAACUGCCCGUCCUUCACUCACUAUAGAUGCAGGAAACCCUAUAUGUGGUGAUGGAGAAAUCCAUGAUCAGCAUAUCUCUUCCAGUGCUCAUAGCUGACGCGAUGUCGCAUAACAAGGAUCCUACUCAGUGGGAACCGACUCCCCGACACGCUUACCUCCCAGCCAGCCCUCGUUACGUUCCACGGCCAUCUCCUUGCAGUGGGUGCAUUUGACGCUCCAUCCACAACUAUAGCCAUGUAUCUACCUCUUUUCAAGCGGUGGCAGAAGGUGGCAGAGUUACUCACACCACGUGAAAGUUGUUCGUGCCUCGUGUUACCCGAAACUAAAAAUAAGAUUUUGGUGAUUGGUGGGUGUGGAAACAGGGUUAAUAGCGAAUAUAUGAACACAUGGUUAUCGGGUUCCCGAAUGCCAGUGUAAGAUGUAUUGUUACUGCAUUGUCAUUU